AUGCUUAUGCUUAAAGUCAGCGUGUUGGCGUUUGCCGCUGUUUGUAGCGCUCAAGUUUUACCCAAAUCAGCUCCGUUUGUUACAAGCAACGAUGGAAUCUUGAAUCUGCCUGUAUCCAGUGAUUUGAAGUGCGGUCCAAAAGCAAAAACCAUUUGUCCAGAUGAUUUAUGCUGCUCCGAAUACGGAGUCUGUAACAGAGAAACCGACUCGUGUGGCAAGAAUUGUCAACGCGGAUAUGGUCAUUGUGAACCUGAGCCUAGCAAGACUCAGGAACAAAAAGACAAAGGUGCAGAAGUAUCCAGUAAAAACUUGCAUGAACUCGUUUUAAAAUCUGAUAAAUGUGGACCAAAACAUGGCAGAUGCAAGGGAUCGUUAUGCUGUUCCGACCGCGGCUAUUGUGGAGUGGAUGUUUCGCACUGCAUAUCUCAAUGCAAUCCCUUGUAUGGUGAAUGUGGAAAUGAUCUUAGUCCUGCUAUCAAGGCUUCGCUCACUCUGACGGAUGAUAAUACGUGUGGACGUCGAUACAACAAAGUGUGUCCACCAGAAUCUUGUUGCUCGCGUGAUGGUGAAUGUGGAACUUCAACGGCUCAUUGCAGUGUUGGAUGCCAAGGUCUAUUUGGUAUCUGCAAACUCCCAAUCACGAAGCCUCCAACAUUUGAUCUGGGUCCCCCCGACUUCGAAUAUUAUGAUGAGAUUCGUAAAAAAGGCCGAGGAGGUGGUCGUAUGGCUCUGGCGUUUGAUGGAGGUACUGAUGUUCACAACGUUCCAAAAAUUCUUGAUGUACUCAAGGAGUUGGAUGUUCAAGCAACAUUUUUUGUCAGUGGAUUCAAAACUAGCAAUUUAUACGACAGCGAAGUACAAGCCAUUGUAAAAAGAAUAUGUGACGAAGGUCAUCAGGUUGGAUCUGGAAGUCUGUCUUAUUCCAGACUUGGCAGAAUUUCACCCGAGGAAGUUGCUCUUGAAAUGCUUAAUAAUGAUUGGAUGAUUCAAAAAGUGAUUGGUGCCAGUCCACUCUACAUGCGACUUCCUCAUGGUGACACUAGUCCAGAAGUGAUUAAGCAACUUAUGGAGAUGGGAUAUAUUGUUGUUGGAAGUAAUCUGGAUAGCUAUGAUUUGAGCAUUGGCGAUGUAAAUGAUUCAGGUGAAACGGCACUUGCCAACUUUGAUAAGGGCCAUGAUGGCUUUCCCACGUCUGAUAUACAGGUCAAAUCGCACAUCACACUUAAUCAUGAGGAUGUUAAAAACAAUCAUCUCGGUAUUCGAAAAAUUAUUGAAAAGUAUCGUAAAAUCGGAUACAAGUUUAUUACUGUUGGUGAAUGUCUAAGCCAACCUGAUCCCCAAAGCUGGUAUCGUGUUCGUGACUUUAACGAAUUCGCUUGA